AUGAAUGUACACGGAAAAAAGAAAAACACCGAUCUCGAUCUGAGCUUCACAUCGACAGCCACCGACCGUACAUUCGCCUCCUCGAGUGCACGUUCGAGCCUCGCUCGCUCGAGCCUCACACUCAGCUUCAACGACAGGCUCUCCACCGCCACAACCACCGUCUCCACCUCUGUUGCCGGUCUCCACCACCGGAAAACCGACCCCCACUGGAUCGCCGUCAGAGCCGCCUCUGUCCUUUCCUCUGAUGGCUGGCUUCACCUCCGUCACCUGAAGCUCGUCCGCCAUCUCGGUACCGGCAACCUCGGACGUGUCUUCCUCUGCCACCUCCGCGACUGUCCGAACAAAACCAGUUUCGCCUUGAAGGUCAUCGACCGCGAUUCCCUCACGGCGAAGAAGCUCGGCCACGUUCAGACAGAGGCUGAGAUCCUCUCCCUGCUCGACCAUCCUUUCCUUCCUACGCUCUACGCCCGAAUCGACGCCUCUCACUACACGUGUCUGCUAAUCGAUUACUGCCCCAACGGCGACCUCCAUUCCUUGCUCCGCAAGCAACCCGGUAACCGAUUACCGAUUCACCCAGUCCGGUUCUUCGCUGCGGAGGUCCUCGUCGCGCUCGAGUACCUUCACGCGCUUGGUAUCGUUUACAGGGAUCUGAAACCGGAGAACGUCUUGCUCCGCGAAGACGGGCACAUCAUGUUGUCGGAUUUCGACCUCUGUUUCAAAUCCGAGGUUGUUCCCACUUUCCGUACGCGCCGGAUCCAGAGAGCGACGUCGUCUCGGAGGAGACAGAGGAGUUGCUGUCUCUGUUCUCGGAGGUACGAAACAGAGGAGAGGGAGGCGUUAGUGUCGGAGUUCGCGGCGGAGCCGGUGACGGCAUUUUCGAGAUCCUGUGUCGGAACCCACGAGUAUCUCGCGCCGGAGCUCGUCUCCGGAAACGGCCAUGGAAGCGGUGUAGAUUGGUGGGCCUUCGGGAUCUUCCUCUACGAGCUGUUGUACGGAACGACGCCGUUUAAAGGCAGGUCCAAAGAGCACACGCUGCGCAACAUAGCAUCGCCGGCGAAAAAUGCGGUUUUCCCGGCGGUUCCUUCGGCGGCGACGGAGGAUGCGGGGAUGGAAGAGGCGAGGGACUUGAUAGAGAAGCUGCUGGCGAAGGACCCGAUGAAGAGGCUAGGGAGCGAGAGGGGUGCGCAGGAUAUUAAAAGUCACCCCUUCUUCGACGGGAUAAAGUGGCCGUUGAUCAGAAACUACAAGGCUCCCGAUGUUCGGGGGCUGGUGAAGAAGACUUCGUUGACUGCGGCGGCGAGGUCACAUGCGGGUCACGUGACCGCCGUGUCGCCGCGGCGGAGGAAGAUCUGGUUGUGGAGGGCUAUGUCGUAUUUACUGCGGAGUAAGAGUUGUAGAGGGAGCGGUAAAAAUUAUAGCAAUAGUAAUAGUUAUUAUUACGGUGUUGUGAGUAAAGGCUACGCGAAUCGUAAGCGCGUGUAAUGUUUGUCUUCGGUCGGAUUUGUGUUUUUUUCUUUCCCUCAUACAAAAUUUAGCGCUAGAGUGAAAAUUAUACGUGAAAAUGAAGACCUGUUUUGUCUCU